AUGUCAACGGCGACACUAUCUUUACUUGAUGAGGAGUCUUUUUCUGGGCUGAAUCCCAAGAGCAGAACAAUAAAAGCACGCACACAUAUAUUUCGGAAUGCUGUGCUAUUCAAUGUACUGCCGUCAAAUGUAAUCAGCGACACGUCGAGCUGUGAAUACUGCAGACUUUUCAGUGGUGAAGUUUACGUCGAAGAAUUUCUGAAUAUUCAUGAGAGUGGUAGUGUUGACCAGGUACCGUCAUACAAGCUUAGAUUUGGUUGGAAGUAUAGUUCGAAUGAGUUUUUUUGCCAAACGGAGAAAAUUGAUAACAUUCACAAGUUGAACGAGGUGAUAACCAAGUGGUCGGUUUGGCAUAGGAUUAUGAUGCAGUGCUCCGGAAACCGAUACGUUCUGUUAGAGCUGCAGUUCGACGAUAUGGAAGAGGAUAGGCGCUUUCGGGACCUUGUAUUUAGGAUAAGCGAUGAAUUUGAAAUUCUUGCAGAGUUAAUGUGGGAUUAA